ACAAUCCCAUCCCAUCAUCCAGCCUUGAACCUUCAUUCAUGGAUAACAAAAAAUCACCAGUACCCUCCCCCUCCUAUGAAGACUUCGAUCCCGCCUUUGAAUGGUCUCGAGAGGAAGGAUCCGACACUCUUCGCGUCCAUCUCCCAGGGUUCAAGAGGGACAACCUCCGUGUGGAGGUGGACGACUAUGGCAACCUGGUGACGAGCGGCGAGCGAGUACUCGACAGCACUCGGAGGAGCCGGUUCCACAAGGCAUUCCGGAUCCCAGAGAACUGCAACGUGGAUGACAUUUAUGCCAAGUUCGAGAAUGCAGUCCUUUACGUGAUCCAUCCGAAGGUGAAGACCACCAGAGUAGCUGAUCAUCCCCAGGAUCGGCUACCGGUGGCUCCGACGGUCGCGACCGAGCCACAACGAGAACCAAAACCAAAACCGACGGCUGAGCCAAAGCGUGAAAUAGACAAAAAGGCCGGUGCAACAGCUUUGGAUGAGACGGCUACAAAGCAAGCAGAGGAAACGAGCGGCGAGUUGGUGCGUACUGGUCAAAAGGAUGCAGGGAAGAUCGUGGAGAAAGAGACGGAUCGAACCGCAGGGCCUGCAGGCAAUGGAAAGGACGUUGUGGGUGAUGUUAAAGGCGGCGAGGCUACUGACAGGGGCAUUAAACCAAUUGAUGAGAAGAGAAAUGAGCCAAAGACAGAGCACGGGAUCUCGGAUGGUGGACCCGAGUCGGGGCUAGCGAAGCCAAUGCAGCAGCCGCUGUUGAACGUUGCAGUGGCUAUCAUGGUGCUGCUGUGCCUUGCAAUGUAUGUCGCCUAUAAGCUCGGGAAGGCCACUUAGGCUGAUGGAAGCUAGAAUUUCACCUGUCAUCUUCAAAUGAAAGAAUUAUCCGUAGUUUAUUAAAACAAAAAAGUUAAUGUACGAAAUCAUGAAAUAAGUCAGAGAAGACGA